AUGCCGAAGGGCGCCAAAAAGCGUGCGAAGCUCAAGAAGAAGCAGCAGGGGGGCCAGCCUGCCGGGUCCAACGGCGGCGCCACCACCACCACCAACAACAACAACGGAAGCAAUAACUCGAGCCACGGCGACGCCGCCAGCGAUGGAAACCACCUACCAAUCAAACUUAACAUUCCUCCCGUGGAUGCGAGCGAGGAUUCGAUGGAGAGCUCCGAGGAGAUGGUGACGCCGAGGGCGGAGGCGGCCGAGGAGGAGAAGAAGGGCGCCACGUCGGAGGUGCCGGUGGAGCGCGCCGUCGAGGUCGCUGAUGAGGGCGCCACGGGCGAGGCCGGGGAGGAGGUCAUGGUUGACGCUUUACCGCCUGAAGCUGCUGACCGGGAACCAGAGGGUAAGGUGGAUGUGAGGGCGGAGGCGCAUGCCGUGGUGCAGGAACCGGAGGUGCAGGAUAUCGUGGUGUCCGAAGCACCUGAGGUGCUGGAACCAGAGAUGAAGAGCGAGGAGGUGGUGAUCCGGGACAAGGCCAAGGUGCAUCCUGCGCACCAACCGGAGACGAAGGCCGAGGAGGUGGUGGUCAGGGAUGCGGACACGGCUGCUGUGGUGCAGGAACCGGAGGCAAAGGGUGAGGUGUCACGGUCUCGUGAGCCAGCUGCUGCGCAGACUACAGAGGUGGUACGCGGACCGGCAGUGGCGGUGACUGCUUCAGGGCAUCGGGCAAAAUGGUGGAAUUGCUGUGGGAUUUUGGAAGUCUUUGCUGGUUCAGAGAGAUAG